GUCACCGUGGCGUCAGAAUCCUGUGAAUGCGCGAGCUGAGAACAGCCUUGGAGAGGCAGCGCGAGCGUACAGUCAAGUCACACGAGCACCUGAUCAACACGGCACUGAUCGACCAGAGGAUGCAUCACGCCGUUCUUACUUUCAGUCUCCACUGUUUUUAAAAGCGUUCCGCACAGUGACUGAAAUGUGGAGCGUGCGUUAAACACAAUUGACACGUUUUAGUUUCAUUCCUUUGCGCACUGGAAGCGUUUCAGCGAAUCAUAAUGAAUGACAUCAAAGUUGCAGUUUUGGGAUCCGAGGGUGUCGGGAAAUCAGCACUUAUUGUUCGGUUUCUAACCAGGAGAUUUAUUGGAGAAUAUGCAUCAUCAUCAGAGUGCAUUUACAGAAAGCACAUGUCUAUAGAUGGAAGACAGCUUCAUCUUGAACUGUAUGACCCCUGUUCUCAGCCAUGCGAGGGGAAGUCCACACUCAAUGAGCAGAUCCAUUGGGCCGAUGGCUUUGUGGUCGUUUAUGACAUCAGCGAUCGUUCCUCCUUCCUCACAGCCAAAGCCAUAGUGCACCUGAUCCGAGAGCUUCACCUGGGAGGGUCUAAAAGGGACACAGACUCUGUGAUUUUCCUGGUGGGCAAUAAGCAAGACUUGUGCCACAUGCGGGAAGUGGACAGGGAGGAAGGCCAGAAGUUGGCGUCCGAGCGCCGCUGUCAGUUUUACGAGUUGUCGGCUGCGGAGCACUACCAGGAGGUGGUACUCAUGUUCUCCAAGAUCGUGCGCAAUGCCAGUCUGGGAGGAAAGGCCAAGGAGCGGCGCCGGCGCCCUAGUGGUUCAAAGUCCAUGGCCAAACUCAUCAACAAUGUCUUCGGAAAAAGGCGGAAAUCUGUUUAAAAAUUAACUUGGACAAUUGUUACAGGACUGACGUAUGAGGUGCGCCACACUUGUUUAUAUAGUUCCUAACCGUUUAUUGUUAAUGCCUUGUCUUGGCCACACUGUCAUUACCAGGUGAAUCUUAUGAAACACAUCAAGAACAUGGACAUAUUUCACCUUAAAGUCAAAAGAAAACAAACUUUUUUCUUUGCUUCAAGAAAAUGAAGCCUGUUUUAUAACCAUUUUGCAUUGGAGCAAUAUUCUCAUGUCAUUUACCUCAUAAUUUCUCAUUACCGUAAUGAAAAAAAAAACUAUAUAUAUGUGUGUGUGUGUGUGUGUAUGUGUAUGUUAUUUUAGAAUUGCACUCUAAAAUAAAAUAAAAUAAAUCUGGACUCAUUAUGGUAAUGAGAUUUUUACAUUGUGGCAAUGACAAAAUGUGCUUAUUUGUCAUCAAAAAUAAUGUCACAGUGCAAAACAUUUAAAAUAGGCUUAAUUUUGUUAAUGCAAAAUAUAAUAACCUAAUUUCCUUCCUUUUGUGUACAGCUGCACAUCUCUGAUUUUUGCCUAAAAUGCUUCUUUAAUCGCUUCUAAUGAUGUUUAAAUGUCAGAUUUAAAAUAACAGCUAAGGACAUCACUGAUAUUUCAGCUUGAGGAUUGGCUAGACUGCCAAGUCAAAGUCAAUUCUGAGGUUGUGAACUAUUAGUUGGCUUGCUAUGUAGUCAUAAAUCAAAUAUUUCUUGUUUCACUUACCAUUUGUUUGUGCAGUAUAUGAAACUUCUCAAUCGCUGUUUGAUGUAAUUUAAUCACUUUCUACAUGUAUGAUGUGAGCAAUGACAAGUCAUGAUGUUUAUGGAUUUUGAAUGUUUUAUGGAUCUGUGCAUUAAAAUGUGACCAUUUUCA